CCGAACGGGACUGCGCUCUCAAGUAGGUCCAUUUGCACAACACCGGAACGUGAAGCUGGCCCAGACUGUGAGGGUGAAGUAAUUAAAGCUGGACUCUCCUCCCGAGAGUUGAAAGGGUGACAGCUGGAGGAAAGCUUUCUGCAAGUGUUGGCGCAUUCUGAUGGAUAAGAAUGUCCACCACUAAUAAUAUCGCCCAGGCCAGGAAGCUGGUGGAGCAGCUGAGGAUCGAGGCGGGGAUUGAGCGGAUCAAGGUGUCCAAAGCGGCCGCCGAGCUGAUGAGUUACUGCGAGCAGCACGCUCGCGGCGACCCGCUGCUGGUCGGCGUUCCGACCUCCGAAAACCCUUUUAAGGACAAGAAGCCCUGCAUCAUCCUAUAGCUGCACUCCGCACACAAACACAAAAACAGAUACACACACACACACACACUUGAAAUAGCCUCUGUGAAAAAGCGCCAUAACACGCGGUGGCAGUUAGGAUGGAAGGGGGGUUGAGGGG